UGUUUUAUUUCGCGAUGAUUGUGUCAUUGCAUUGAAUCCUCAAAACCCGGUUCAUCAGCAGUCGAAUCUUUGCUUCCGCAUCAGGCUUUCAGACGAAAAGGAUCUAGGGUCGUUCAUAGAUGAGACCGCUGCUGCUUUCAAGAUGGUGUCAUGUCAACCCAGGUAUCAUGUUGAUGAACUUUCUACGCCUUCUUUAGAACGAAUUUGCGCCGAGUUCCUGAGGCUGGGAUACAAAAAUAUUGAUAUUGACACAGAUUUAAUCAUGUCCUGGGAAUUACAAGGCCCAGUAUUAAACAACCAUGAUGGAUGCUGCCGAAAAGCAACGAUAAAUGAUUUAGAUUGCAUCACUAGAGUAUUUUCAGCAUCGUUUGGAUAUGACGAUUCGAAUUGGCUCAAAUAUAAACUAAAAACUCAAUUAUUGAUGUCUGAUACCUUUCAGCUAUUUGUUACAGAGGAUCAAGGCGUCAUUGCUUCAGUGGUCAUUCUUCAUAUGCCCCUUGGAUUACCACAUUUAGGACACGUUAAUUCUGUUGCCACACAUCCCGAUUAUCAACGUAAGGGGAUGGCUUCAGUGUGCUUAAGUUAUGCGCUUCAACGUACUUGUAAAGCGGGCCAAAAGUUUUACCUGGAAACGUACGAUGAUUUGUAUCAUGCACAUCGUAUGUAUGAAAAGGUCGGAUUCAAGCAUGAAGGCUUAUUGAAAUCAUCUAUGAUCGCUUUUAAUGACAACAAAUAACAAUGUAGAAUGUAGAAAUAAAGGGGUUUUUUUUUUAU